AUGAAUGCUAACCUUGAAAUAAAUGAAACCCUUGAAAUUAAUAAUAUUAACAAUGUGAUAAAUCCUAAUUGUAUAUUUUCUAAUUUCCAAAAUGAAACCAAUAAUUAUGGUGGAUGGGAUGGUAUAAUAUAUGUUAAUGAAAAACAAUAUGAUAGAAUUUUAAAAAGGCGAAUGAAUAAAAUAAAACAAGAAAUGGAAAAAAAAAAAAAAAUUAGUGUCUAUAUUAAUAUCCAAAAAAAAACUCCCUCUCAAAAUAAUACAAUAAUUACUAAUGGUCAUAAUUAUGCAACUAUUGAAAAUAUAAAUAAUAUUUAUAAAAGUGCAAAAAUUGUAAAUUCAAACAUUCAUAAUAAUAUGAACAGAUUUAUAACUAAUAAUGAGCAUUAUAAUAAUUCAUUCUAUGGGUUUGAUAGAAAUCAUAAUUAUGCACAAGCUUAUGAAAAUAUAAAAUACCCUUAUAUGAAAAAUUCAAAAAAUAAUGACAAAAAAAAUAAUGAACAUAAUAAUGAUACAAAUAAUACAUAUCUAAACAAUUAUAAUAUCAUGUAUAAUUCUAAUAUAAAUUCAUCAGAUGAUAAUAAAAAAUAUAUUAACAUAUAUGAUGUAAAACCAGGAAACACUUUAAAUAAUGUUGAACUACAAAAUGGACAGAUUCUUAAUAAUUAUAAUGAAACAUAUCAUGAAAUGGGAAAUCUAACAAAAUAUAAUAGCCUAUCAAAUCUUUCGAAGAUUAGAAACGUUCCAAAUAUCGUUACACUGGAUGAUGCAGAAAAUGGGCAAAAUGGGCAAAAUGGGCAAAAUGAAGAAAAUGAGCAAAAUGGGCAAAAUGGGCAAAAUGGGCAAAACGGGCAAAAUGGACAAAAUGUUAGCAGAAAUACAAAUAAAAUGGAUAAACUUAUUAUUAUGAAAAAUAAUCCAAAUAUGAUGCAUGUAGAUAAUUUUUCUGGAUCUUUGAAUAUAAGCUAUCCUUAUUCUCCCUAUGAGGAAUGA